CCGCGCGCGCGCCGCCCGGAGCCAGGCCUGCCGCGGCCCGAGCCCAUGAGCACCAUGCACCUGCUGACGCUCGCCCUGCUCGUCUCCUGCUCCUUCGCCCGCGCCGCCUGCGACCCCAAGAUCGUCAACAUCGGCGCGGUGCUGAGCACGCGCAAGCACGAGCAGAUGUUCCGCGAGGCCGUGAACCAGGCCAACAAGCGGCACGGCUCCUGGAAGAUCCAGCUCAACGCCACGUCUGUCACCCACAAGCCCAACGCCAUCCAGAUGGCCCUGUCGGUGUGCGAGGACCUCAUCUCCAGCCAGGUCUACGCCAUCCUAGUUAGCCAUCCACCUACCCCCAACGACCACUUCACUCCCACCCCCGUCUCCUACACAGCCGGCUUCUACCGCAUUCCCGUCCUGGGGCUGACCACCCGCAUGUCCAUCUACUCAGACAAGAGCAUCCACCUGAGCUUCCUGCGCACCGUGCCGCCCUACUCCCACCAGUCGAGCGUCUGGUUCGAGAUGAUGCGCGUCUACAGCUGGAACCACGUCAUCCUGCUGGUCAGCGACGACCACGAGGGCCGGGCGGCGCAGAAGCGCCUGGAGACGCUGCUGGAGGAGCGAGAGUCCAAGAGUAAAAAAAGGAACUAUGAAAACCUCGACCAACUGUCCUAUGACAACAAGCGCGGACCCAAGGCUGAGAAGGUGCUGCAGUUCGACCCAGGAACCAAGAAUGUGACGGCCCUGCUGAUGGAGGCGCGAGAACUGGAGGCCCGGGUCAUCAUCCUCUCCGCUAGCGAGGACGAUGCGGCCACCGUGUACCGCGCAGCCGCGAUGCUGAACAUGACGGGCUCGGGGUACGUGUGGCUGGUGGGGGAGCGCGAGAUCUCGGGGAACGCCCUGCGCUACGCCCCGGACGGCAUCAUCGGGCUGCAGCUCAUCAACGGCAAGAACGAGUCCGCCCACAUCAGCGACGCCGUGGGCGUGGUGGCCCAGGCGGUGCACGAGCUCCUGGAGAAGGAGAACAUCACAGACCCGCCGCGGGGCUGCGUGGGCAACACCAACAUCUGGAAGACGGGGCCGCUCUUCAAGAGAGUGCUGAUGUCUUCCAAGUACGCAGACGGGGUGACCGGUCGCGUGGAGUUCAACGAGGAUGGGGACCGGAAGUUUGCCAACUACAGCAUCAUGAACCUGCAGAACCGCAAGCUGGUGCAAGUGGGCAUCUACAAUGGUACCCAUGUCAUCCCUAAUGACAGGAAGAUCAUCUGGCCAGGUGGAGAAACAGAGAAGCCUCGAGGGUACCAGAUGUCCACCAGACUAAAGAUCGUGACAAUCCACCAGGAGCCCUUCGUGUACGUCAAGCCCACGCUGAGCGACGGGACGUGCAAGGAAGAGUUCACGGUCAAUGGCGACCCCGUCAAGAAGGUGAUCUGCACUGGGCCCAACGACACAUCGCCGGGCAGCCGUGAGUGCCGCAUGGGGGCGCGGGGGCAGGACGGAAGCAGGGGCAGCGAGCCUGGAGCCCAUCGUUUACCGUGUUCACGCCCCCGGCCCCCAGCACGCCACACAGUCCCUCAGUGCUGCUACGGUUUCUGCAUCGACUUGCUUAUCAAGCUGGCGCGGACCAUGAACUUCACCUAUGAGGUGCACCUGGUGGCCGACGGCAAGUUCGGCACGCAGGAGCGGGUGAAUAACAGCAACAAGAAGGAGUGGAACGGGAUGAUGGGCGAGCUGCUCAGCGGGCAGGCGGACAUGAUCGUGGCGCCGCUGACCAUCAACAACGAGCGCGCGCAGUACAUCGAGUUCUCCAAGCCCUUCAAGUACCAGGGCCUGACCAUCCUGGUCAAGAAGGAGAUCCCGCGGAGCACUCUGGACUCGUUCAUGCAGCCCUUCCAGAGCACGCUGUGGCUGCUGGUGGGGCUGUCGGUGCACGUGGUGGCCGUGAUGCUGUACCUGCUGGACCGCUUCAGCCCCUUCGGCCGGUUCAAGGUGAACAGCGAGGAGGAGGAAGAGGACGCGCUGACCCUGUCCUCGGCCAUGUGGUUCUCCUGGGGCGUCCUGCUCAACUCGGGCAUCGGGGAAGGCGCCCCCCGAAGCUUCUCGGCCCGCAUCCUGGGCAUGGUGUGGGCCGGCUUCGCCAUGAUCAUCGUGGCCUCCUACACCGCCAACCUGGCGGCCUUCCUGGUGCUGGACCGGCCCGAGGAGCGCAUCACGGGCAUCAACGACCCGCGGCUGAGGAACCCGUCGGACAAGUUCAUCUACGCGACGGUGAAGCAGAGCUCGGUGGACAUCUACUUCCGGCGGCAGGUGGAGCUCAGCACCAUGUACCGGCACAUGGAGAAGCACAACUACGAAAGCGCGGCCGAGGCCAUCCAGGCCGUGCGCGACAACAAGCUGCACGCCUUCAUCUGGGACUCGGCGGUGCUGGAGUUUGAGGCCUCGCAGAAGUGUGACCUGGUGACCACGGGCGAGCUGUUCUUCCGCUCGGGCUUUGGCAUCGGCAUGCGCAAGGACAGCCCCUGGAAGCAGAACGUGUCCCUGUCCAUCCUCAAGUCCCAUGAGAAUGGCUUCAUGGAAGACCUGGACAAGACGUGGGUUCGGUAUCAGGAGUGUGACUCACGCAGCAACGCUCCUGCGACCCUCACCUUCGAGAACAUGGCAGGGGUCUUCAUGCUGGUGGCUGGGGGCAUCGUGGCUGGGAUCUUCUUGAUUUUCAUCGAGAUCGCCUACAAGCGGCACAAGGACGCUCGCAGGAAGCAGAUGCAGCUGGCCUUUGCAGCGGUGAACGUGUGGAGGAAGAACCUGCAGGAUAGAAAGAGUGGUAGAGCAGAGCCCGACCCUAAAAAGAAAGCCACAUUUAGGGCUAUCACCUCCACCCUGGCUUCCAGCUUCAAGAGACGUAGGUCCUCCAAAGACACGCAGUACCAUCCCACUGAUAUCACGGGCCCGCUCAACCUCUCAGAUCCCUCGGUCAGCACCGUGGUGUGAGGCCCCCGGAGGCGCCCACCCGCCCAGUUAGCCCGGCCAAGGGCACUGAUGGGUCCUGCUGCUCGGGAAGGCCUGAGGGAAGCCCACCCGCCCAGAGACUGCCCACCCUGGGCCUCCCAUCCGCCCACCCCGCUGCCUGGCGGGCGGCUUCUGCUGGACCAAGGUGUGGACCGGAGCGGCUGAGGAUGGGCCAGAGCUGAGCCGGCUGGGCAGGGCCCUGGGGUCUCCGAGCAGUGGGGAGAGGAGGCUAAAUGGCCCCGGCCUCCCCCCAGCCGUAGCGGGGCCCGCGGCCCCCGCUGCCCGGGUCGCCCCUCCUUCAGCGCCCGCCUCCCUCUGCAGCCCGCGCCCCACCACUCUCCUCUUCCUGCUGCACCUCCCACCCGAGCCCCUUCCCCACGGUGGCCCUUGGCUCGCGGCUGCCUCGGGCCUCCUCCUCCAGACUCCAAAGGGCCGAACCUGACGCUGGCUCGGGACUGUCCUCAACCGUGCCCUGCACCUUGAGCGCUACCCGCUCGCCCUCCCCUACGCUCCUGGCGUGUGACCCGCCAGCCACCUUGUACAGGGCCAGUCCUCCCGGUACCCGAGCACGCGCUUUCCCCGUGCAGCCCGCGCGCUGCUCCUCCGCCCGGGGACCCCGGCGCGCAACGCCCCCCCACCCCGUGUGUGCAGUGGUGAUGCCUAAAGGAAUGUCACGAAA